AUGGAUCAGGUCAAGGAGCUCGCCGAUGUGCCCCAGGAGUUCGUCAAGGACGGCCUUCAAUUCGUCAACCGCUGCACCAAGCCAGACAAGCGGGAAUUCAUCAAGAUCUCCCAGGCCGUCGGUGUUGGUUUCCUGAUCAUGGGUGUCAUCGGAUACGUUGUGAAGCUUGUCCACAUUCCUGUCAACAACAUUCUCGUCGGCGGUUCAUAG